CUAACACACAACAGUGUCUGACUGUGUGGUGUGGUGGUCACAGUGACUGAAACUGAAACAAAGAGUCAAUCGCUGUUCUCUGUGUAAAUCUAGAUCUAGACGUCUAGUCUAGCUUACAUCGAGAUUCUUAGAAUGGCAGUCCCCAACCGAUGCGUUGUGUGGUCGUAUUUGAAUUCAAGGAGAUUAUGGAACGUUUAUGAGCCCGAUGUUUGUCAGUUCAUUGAGAAUGCAUUCUCAGCCGGUGUUGCAACAUUGUCUAAAGUUUGGUUAGGGCUUGUGUCACAUGCAUUGGCAGAUUUACAGAUCGAUUUCACUACGAUGAGACAAGUUGAAAUUUCAACAGGUACAGAAGUUCCCGUCCAGCGGACAGUGGAAGAGAGCAACUCGGCCCUGAGCCAGGGCAUGGUAUGGCAGGUGGAGGGCGACCCCUCACAAGGCUGGCUCACGUACGAUCUCAGUAGCAUGCAAAUUCUGGAGGACCUUUAUCGCAGUAUGGUCAACACAGUUGGUGUGAUGCAUUCUGGAAUGGUAGAUCUGAGAAUGACUACUGUGAAGCAGCCGUACCUCAUUGACGUAGAGGACAUGAAACAGAUAAACAUGGAAACUGGAAAACCUCGCUGCAUCCGGAGGUGUUCUCUGACACAGUUCUACCCUCGGGUCUCGGUGACUAAUUUGGCAACUUCUGUACACACAGCAGUCAGCGGUCCUUCUCGUGUGAAACUCAAGGCGAAGCGUCGAGCGGCACCCUACUCAUUGCCCGCUGCCCACAACAACAUGGCCGCGACCUCUUCGACUUCCACAGUUCAAGGUCAAGGCGGUCUCUCAGGUGUAGGAGUGCCCGCACAGCCGACUGCUGCCACACAGUCACAGACUCAGGUACCUCUGACCCGUGGUCGACUUCAGGCUCUGUCCCAGGCGCAACAGCUUCCGUCUUGCAGCAGCAAUGGGACAGCACAGAUGCAGCCUUUUAGCAGCACCAAUGGGACCGCACAGAUGCAGCCGUCCUGCAGCAGCUAUGGUGCAGCACAGGCCAAGCGGUCACAGAAGGUCGCUAAGAUAUUGCAGUCGCAUCAGCAGGCCAUGGCAGCAGGAAAACCGCCGAGGUCUACGUCAUCAGGAAGACACCCAUCGCAGUUGGUCGCGGCUGGGGCGAGUAAUAACCCUGCGUGGGCCCCGGGGCUGGGUGCUCAGGCGACGUCCCAAACGACCUUGAUGCACGGGGCUGUCCAAAUUUCGGCGGGGUCGGGUCCCGUCACAGAAUCGCUGCCCCUGGAGAGUACAGUUGUUCUUCACAAGACGCGGAAGGAUAAAGAUAAAGGUAACAGCGGAGAGGCUGUACUGGGAGCGUUCAUGGAGCCUGUGACGGAGGCCCUGGACUCUACCGACUGUGCCAUCUGCUGCGAGCACCUCAGCGAGCCCUCGUCUUACGGGGAAGGUCACCCGGAGGCUCACGUCGCGAUCAAAUUGACCAAGUGUGGACAUCAGUUCCACAAGCUGUGUCUGCUGCAGAUGUACCACAGUAUUCACAAGGGCCCGGAGCAUCCCCAGCCAGGCGCCAGGUAUUCCACGAGGGGCUUCCCGCGCAGAGGCUUCAUACCCGACUGUGACCAGGGCAGGAAGCUCCUGAAGCUGCUGAUGGUGGCGUUCCGGCGGCGGCUCAUGUUCACCAUCGGCACGUCGUACACCACGGGGGAGCCCAACACCGUCACCUGGAAUGAGAUCCACCACAAGACGGAGCCCGUGUCCAACCACUCGGGCCACGGCUACCCCGACCCCAACUACCUGGACAACGCCGUUCUGGAGCUGGCGGCUCACGGGGUCACCGAGGACUGUCUGGCUCAGUUCUAGGACAAAGACUCCCUCUCAACUCCCAUUGAGCUCGAGGACAAGGACACCCGCACAAUACCCUCUGAGACAAGACACCCACUCUGCUCUAGCACACCCACACAUCACACACACAACACCCUCUCAACACCCACUGAGCUCUUCUAGCACACCCUCUCAACACCCACUGAGCUCUUCUAGCACACCCUCUCAACACCCACUGAGCUCUGGGACACUCACACAACACCCACUAGCUCUGAAAUACACCAGAGAUAUAAUCGAUUGAUAUUAUUGAUAAAGCGCAUCCCGUAAAUUUACAGGAUUAGGCCACUGGCGCAUCCUGUAACUACAAGGGAAUCUAUAGGCUCAAGUGAGUUAAAACACCUUUCUAUGCAUAAGGCCUACUGAGAAUGAAGGAUACACACACGCCUGCGCACACUCCCACACACACACACACACCACAACAAUCCCUUUAGACUAAAGGCUAAAGGACUAAAGAACACUUGCAAAACACACCCACUAAGACUUUAGAACACUCACAAAAAGUCUACUAAGACAAGAGUGCAGGACACCCAAACAAUGCACACUGAGACAGUAGGACACCCUCACAACUCCCACUCCGUCGAACCAGGAGUUUGUUGCCCAUCAUGUCGUGGUGACACAUUCUCUGGUCGUCGUUGUUGUUGUUAGCGAUUUAGUAGCAUCUGAGCGUUAACUCUGCUGCGUGAUGCCAUUCUGCAAUAGCUGCAUAUCUAUUCUAAUUGGUCGCUUUUAUUUUUUAAGGACGAGCAGGCUAACUCAGAUUUCAGGGGUUUCCAGAAAUCUUGACCUACAC